GUACUAGCCUAGUUAAAAGUUAUUUCUUUAGUCUUGACCAUGGAUGAAACCAUAAUCAGCCGAUAAUAUGGCUAUGGAAAAACAGAGUGUCUUGAAAGAGACACACCACAGAUCAGUGACUGCUCUGGGAUACCACCCGCUUAGGCGUGAAAUAGUUGCAGGAUUUGAAGAUGGCUUCAUUAAGAUGUGGGAGGUGGAAGGCUACAAGCUCUCUGUCACCACUCAUGAACAUCAAGGCUGGGUCACUGACUUCCUCUACUGGCCAGAAGCCAAGGUAAUGUUUUCAUCGUCUAACGAUGGGACAAUCAUCGCUUGGUCAACGGCAGCUGCAGUACACGAUCACAUCUCAUUUGGUUCGCCUGUAUACACUAUGGCUUUAAAUGUUAGGAGGCAUCAGCUCGUCUGUGGCUUUAAUGCUUGUAUCAGGGUCUUCAGCUUAGAUGAAAACAGAGAGAGUGGUCAUCUAAUAGAUCUCAAAUAUUCCUACAACUCCAAGGAGCACACAGACAUUGUCAAGUGCAUCGUCUGCCUGGAGUCAAGGGUUUACUCAGCUGGUUUCGACCAGAAGUUGAUAAUCUAUGACUCCUCUUCAUAUCCCGGCAACAGAGGACUCAAUCCUGUUUUCUGCAAUCCCAAGGCCCAUGAUGCAGGUAUAUCGUGCCUGGUGCUUAUAAGGGAUUCAGAAAACAAUACAUGGCUUGUGACUGGAUCUUUCGACAAGGUGGUCAAGAUCUGGUCGCAGGAUGGCAAGCUGACCCACCGACUGGAUGGCUUCCUAGGAACCAUCACCGACCUUUGCUACGUACCAAAGAACAAGACCUUGUGGAUAUCCUCUGGAACUUCACCUGUAGCAGCCCUCUAUGAUCCCAAGUCAGGAGAAAAUGUUUCUGAUUUUAUUGGCACCUUCCAAGACGAGGAGAACGAGAAGUACCAUCUUCAGCAUAUGAAGUAUUUCCCUGAACUCAGUCAAGCAAUCGCAAGUAGCAGUAGAAGACACAUCUUAAUGUGGAAAUACAAUCCUCAAGGAUGCAUUACAACUCUCAAAUGUAAACACGCUGUUGAGUGUCUCACCUACACCAAGAAGGACCCGAUUCUAUUCUUUGAUGGCGGGAGUGAUGGUCAAGCCAAUAAUUGGGAAAGAUUGCAAACUAAUCACUUCAUGUACAGCCAAGAGACAUUCCUGCUCACCGAAGCCAAAACCAAACUUGCCCAGUUGAAGAACCAGAAGCGAGAGGAACGUCGCCCUCUUGUGAGCGCGUUUGUGCGCAGCCUUCACAACCCGACUCCAAGCAGCUACUCGUACAGCAAGCCCAGCCAAGGUUCCACGUCAACGUACAAACACAGCAACUCAGCAUUACUAAAAGCACUCUUUGUGGAAUCACUGGACUUACUGCUACUUGGCUCUGAAGAUGGUAACAUCUACAUCUGGGGUUUCGACGAUGCGGCUGUCAACGCACUCCGAAACAUGAAACCCUCAAGCAACGAUGAUCUUCUCAAGAAAUACCGCAUCCUCCUCGCAAACAACUCAACGGAAUCGGGAUCAGACAACUCAUCAGAAUUUGAGGAGACAAUAUCAUUGGAAAAUGCAGAGACGGAUUCAGUGACAAACCGUGUAGCCGGCUUCGUGUGUAAGAACGUCCUGUCUGGCCACAGUAGCUGUGUAACAAGCAUGUUUCUUGUAGGCAGACAACAUGGCUAUGGCACUACAUACUUGGUAAGCUCUGGUUGGGAUCGGAGAAUAUGCAUCUGGGACUUGGAGAGUGGAAGAUUGGUUGAUAGAUUUAGGAAUGUCUCUGAAGAUGGAAUGGACAUUGAGGAGCUUGCUUGCGAUGGUAUCGUCAUUGACAUGGAUUACAGUCAUUGCAGGAACGAGUUUGCCUGCGCUUCCGGAGACAAGAUGGUGUACAUCCGGCACUUCAGCGAGGUUGGGACUGAGAUGACCUUGAGAAACACACUUCAAGGUCAUGAGGGAGAGGUCACACAGGUCAAAUGGAGUGACUUCACAGCGAACUGGAUCACUUCAUCAGAAGAUGGGACUAUUCGACUAUGGAGUGCUGAUGGAAUGACGUGUGAGCAGGUUAUUAAUACCCACGGACCAGUCUCCUCUAUCUGCCUCGAUAAUGUUUCAAAGUGCGUCGUGGCAGGAGUUCACAACGUCAUCAAGGUUUAUAACCCAAGCAAGAACAAGCUUCUCCAGACCAACUUUGGACACACAGAUUCUAUUCGUUCCAUCAUCCAUGUUCCAGAAAGAAGCCAGUACAUAUCAGGAUCCUGGGACGGCACAUUGAGAGUAUGGAACGCAUACCGGGUAGCUACCCGAAAAAAGAAGGCUGCUCGGAUGGAGGAGAAGAGGGAGAGCAUCUCGAAUUUCAAGAACAAGAAUCAACCAAAUUAUCUGAUUGAGGAUGAGCAAGAACUAUAGCACUGUUCGCUCCAAAUAUGGUUUGAAGCAAGAAUGAGAUACUACAGGGGGGGUAGGUGGUGUUUCACAAAGAGUUUAGUCUGACUUAAUAUCGCACUUAAAUUUGCAGUUGUGAGUGAUAUGGAAGCAUAACUGCAUUGGUCAUAUCCUGGGGAGCGUUUCAUCAAUAUUUUCAUCCAACAAGUUGUCAGAUCUGACAUCUUUCCAUGAUUUUGAUUAGCUG